AUGGCGACGAAAGAGGGGAAGCCUCUGGAGGGAGACGUCGAAUCUGGAGCUUGCCAUCCUCCUCAGCCCGACGGCAGCGACGGCAGCGACUGUUUCUCGGACGCAGAGGACCAGUCAUGGCACUCUGCUUACCAUUCACGCCGCACCGGUUCUUCGUUCGACGAUCUCCGGCUUUCCAAUGCAUCCACAUCCGAUCACCAGGUCAGCGGAGCCCUGGAACCCUGCAGGGGCUCGAACUGCUCUUCUGAAAUCGACUUGGAGGACGGGGGGGCUGCAGAUUCUGAGACGAAGAUCGCCAAAGUCGACAAGGAUUGCCGGAUUUGUCACCUGAGCCUGUCGGGCAGCGUUCAGGAAUCGGGGAUCGCCAUCGAAUUGGGCUGUUCAUGUAAGGACGAUCUGGCUGCGGCUCACAGGCAGUGCGCAGAGACCUGGUUCAAGAUCAAAGGAAACAGGUGACGCUUCUCAGCUCACAUUUUCUUGGGAUCAAACUCGAUGGUUCCUGUUCACCUUUUCUACUGCUUCUUCCCUGCUUUUGAGCGAACCAGUGGGUUAGAUGUAGAAACAUUUCCUUAUGAUCUUAGUCGGAUCCUCUGUCGUUUUCUGUUUCCACAUUCUCUAGGGGAAGAACCUCAGAGAACGCUGGACAAACCUGAAAAACUUGCCUUCGGAAUGUAGGAUUUGCCCCCAAACUCGAACAAGAAGCAUCGCCCGAAAGCUAUGAAGGAAAGGAACCAGAAAAAGAAAAAGGCUUUGAUUUAGUUCAAUCCCAUUACUAUACUCUAGAUAGAAACUGGAAAUCAAGUGGGUCCCUUUCCUCUCGCAGGCUUGACGACGCUUUCUUUCAUCCGAUUAAGGACAAUACGUUGUUGAAUCAAACGCCAUGAUCUGUUCUUGUCCUCAUCAUGAAUGCUGUAAUGUCAAAUUAUCCGAUAGAAGAUUUCUCAUCACUUUCAAAGAUCAACCUGUGGGGCUUCGUCUGGGGGCAUCACUUUUCCCUCGACCCUUUACGACCAGCUUUUCCGCGAUUGGGCUCGAGGAUGGUGACGAUCCUGUUCCAGUUCGGCCUAUAAAUGGGCUGUAUCAACUGGAUCUGGGUUCCCCUCCCUGCCUCGUUUUCUGGCAAUUUCCUCAAGUCUUGAUUUUCUUCAAUUUUUUUCCCCAGAGUUUGUGAGGUCUGCGGUUCGGUGGCGAAGAAUGUUGCCGGAACGGGGGAGACCGAGUUCAUCGACCACUGGAACGAAACCAGCGCCGCCACCCCGCCGGCUUUCCCCACUGAAGCCCGGCGGAGCUUCUGGCAUGGCCACCGCCUCCUCAACUUCCUCCUCGCCUGCAUGGUGCUCGCUUUGUUCAUCUCCUGGCUCUUCCACUUCAACGUCCCCGGGUGA